AUGGCCAUGAUCUUACCAGCCAUUCCUGUAGCUGUUGAGGUGAUUUCCAGUGUCAAUGCAUUGAACGAAUUCGUCGGCUGGGCGACACCACACAUGAAAGCGGCCAUACGUUAUGCACGGAACAUUCCACGGUCACCAGAUGAAGAGAACACAGCUGCACAACGCCAGAUUCAAGAGAAAAUUGAGCAGCUAGGCGAUAAGCUUGGGAGGCUGAAGACUCGUAUUUGGAAGCUGAAGACAACUAUGCCCAAGAUGCUUGACCUCAUUGACAGGGUUGAGUGGCAAAGCCACAAGGAACAAGCCACUGUUCUACUCCCGGAGAUCAAGGAUGCAGUGUACGAUGCAGAGGAUCUGCUUGAUGAGUUUGAUUAUUAUGCGCUCAAGUUGAAGGUUGAGUGCAACAAAAAUUUGGGGCAAGAUCACUUGCAUAAUGCCUUCAUGGAAUUCUUAAACACUAUAGACAGUGAUGAGCCCAAUAAUUACACCACGAAAGUCAAUGAUAUUCAAGAAAGACUAGAUCAUCUGAAUCAACAGUCCAAAGAUAUGGGCUUGCACAAAGCAGAGCUGAGGUUUGAUAAAUCAGUUAGGCCAGAAACGAGUUCUUUCGUUAAUGAGACAAAAAUAUUUGGUCGUAAAAAAGAAUUGAAAUCUUUGAUGGAGAAGCUGGGAGUUAAAAUUCCAGUUAAAAGUACAGGGAAGAGAAAAUUGGCCGAAGGUAGUGCAAGAAUGGAAGAAUUACCUGUGUUGCCAAUAGGUAAUGCAAGAAUGACAGAAUUGUCUGUGUUGCCAAUAGUCGGCAUGGGAGGUAUGGGAAAGACAACAAUGGCCCAACAAAUCUGCAAUGAUUCAAAGGUGAAGAAGCACUUUAAUCUCAUAAUUUGGACAUGUGCUUCAGAUGAUUUUGACAAAAAAAGAUUAACCAAGGAGAUUCUAGAACACCUGGGACAAGAUACAUCAUCCAAUAACCUGAAUUUUCUUAUGACAAAACUACAAGAUUGUGUCAGGUCCAAAAAGUUCUUACUUGUUGUUGAUGACAUGUGGGAUGAUAUCUUGAAGGAUGAUGGGGCGGGAUGGAGGGAGUUUUGUGCACCUCUGCAAAAUGGUUCUGAAGGAAGUAGGAUUUUGGUCACCACUAGAUCUCCCGAGGUUGCCAAAGUAAUUAGCCCCACGUAUCACUAUGAGUUACCUUGCUUAAAAGGUGACAUAUUCUGGGAGUUCUUCAAACUAUGUGCAUUUGGAUCCACGAGUUCUGGCAACAACCGUGAGUCACUAGAGUGCAUUGGUAAGAAUAUACUUCCAAAGUUGAAGGGCAACCCAUUGGCUGCCAAGACUAUUGGACGUUUGUUGAGGAUGGACCUAAGUACAACACAUUGGGAAAAUAUAAUGGAAAGUGAACUCUGGCAAGUAGAACAAAUGGAGAAUGACAUUUUGCCAGCCCUUCGACUGAGCUAUAUGUACCUACCUCAGAACCUGAAAAGAUGCUUCUCAAUCUGUGCAAUGUAUCCCAAGGAUCACAAAUUUGAGAUGGGUUUUUUAGCUGAUAUUUGGACUGCACAUGGAUAUGCGGAGAAUUCCCAAAAAGCAUCACUCUAUUUUAAUGCCCUUGCAAAUCGGUCAUUCUUUCAGCAAGCAUCUUCACACAGUUAUAUGUAUGUAAUUCAUGAUCUGAUGCAUGAUACGGCACAGCUUGUCACAAAGGAUGAGUGCUUCAUCAUAAAGCAUCCGCGUGACAUAGAUAGAGUCCCUUCAACUGUCCGUCAUCUGUCAAUAUUUGGAAACGGAGAUAUUGAGUGUUCUGAACUGAAGAAAAUAUGCAAUAGCAAAAAAAUAAGGACUCUGGUAUGUGAUGAUAAAUAUAACAGCGGAGAAGAUUUUGCUAGCGUGAUUGACUGUUGGUUCAAGGAACUGUUGAAAAUCCGUGUACUGAAGUUUAGAGUUGGCAAAGUAAAGAAGUUACCUGAGAGCAUGGGCAACUCAAAGCAUCUGCGUUACUUUUGUUUACUGGGGCCUUCCAACUUCGGCACCCUACCUUCAUCGGUUUGUCGUCUGCAUAAGCUCAGAAUUAUAGAGCGUGGUGGUGGUGUCAUUAAAAGGUUUCCACCAGACUUCAGUGACCUCAUCAGCUUGCAGAGAAUUAAUUCCAAGGGGUUCACUUAUGACAGGGACCAAUCUGAAAAACUCUGCCUAAAAUGGCCCAUUAUUGAGGUUGGAGCACCUAGUAGUGAGACGGUGGGAAUGAAGGAAAACCAGAUGGAAGUAUUACCUCACUGGAAUAUCCAACAUUUGCAUGUAGAGAAUUACAAAGGUGAAUCUUGUCCUAGCUGGCUCAUGCCCCAGCUCCUGCCAGGGUUACGCUCGCUCAAAUUUCGUAGUUGUGACAAAAUCAAGAGCAUACCAUUUUUUGUCCCGUCAGAGGAGUCACGCGAUAAUGCACAAGGACCAGACAACCUUAAUCGUCUUGAAGAGUUAGUCGUGGAUGCUUGUUAUGAAAUCAAUUGGCAAGGCUCGAUAGUCUUACCUACUUCUCUUAGGAAGCUAACACUUUCGGCCUCAGGCUGUUCCAUGGAUAACCUUGUGAGCUGCUUCCGUGACCUCACCUCCCUCACUCAUAUGGAAAUAAGGUUCGGCAGAUCAUUGACAUCCAUCCCCCUCGAUGUGUGGAGUAGUAGCAACCUUCCAUCCCUGGAGGAUCUAUCAAUUACGGAUUGCUACCGCCUUGCAUCAAUAAGUGCCUCUGGAGCAAGCAGCAGCAGCGGUGUUAAAGGAUUCUCAGCCCUUGCUAAGAUAGAAUUUUACGAAUGUGGCGCAUUACUGAGCCUUGAUGAAUUCCUGACGCCAGACUAUCUACCUGCCGUGAAGACGAUUUCUGUUACAAACUGUGAAGCGUUGACAUCCGUGUCCGUCGACAGGCUCCACGGCCUGGAGAACCUGGAAAUUGGACGUUGCCACCACUGGAGAAUAUUGUCAGUGCCGUCCUCUCUUAAGCAGCUCGACUUGUAUAGUUCUGACGGCAUAGAAUUCAUCGACCUCAGCAAUAGCCAGUCUCGGAGUUCUUCAGCACUGAAGGUACUUAGCAUUACGGGCUGUCCAAGCCUCAGGUCCAUCGGUGGUGAAGCAGCUAUUGCUGAAAUAAUGAAUGUUGGUAUAACCGGGUGUCCCAACCUCACGGAGAUACAACAGCCACUCGAGCGCGGGACGGGGAGGUGGUGGCCACGGGCUGAUUAA